AGGCUUAUGAAACAGCUGGUAGCGUAGUGGUUAGAGCUACUGCCUUUUAGACCAGAAGGUUGCAGGUUCGAAUCCUAGUUGCAGUAAGCCUUUUGAGGUACUUAACCCUGCAAUGGCUCUGGUGAAAAUUAGACAGCUGGGUUAUACACUCGGUGACGUGAUGGCAUCUGACUCCCCUCGCAGACCCAGCCGAUGUGCAGGAGGGGUUGUGGUGCGAGCGCAGGCUGCCACGGAGCAGUCCUACAUGGAAAGUGUAGUGACCUUUCUGCAGGAUGUAGUUCCACAGGCUUAUACAGGUGCCCCUCCAACAGAUGAAAAAGAAAAGAUAGUUUGGGUCAGAUUUGAAAAGUGUGAUAUGAAUGAUGUGGCCCGGUCCCCUGAGUUUCUGGAGAUGCACAGUGGAGGCAGCGACCCUCCCCUCUGUCUGAUGAUUGGCUACACAGAUGGGAUGCAGAUCUGGAGCGUGUCUCUAAGCGGGGAAGCCCAGGAGCUGUUCUCCGUACGCCACGGCCCAGUUCGUACGGCUCGGAUCCUGCCAGCACCCCACAUUACUUCACUGAAGGGCGACGCCUUUGCUGAGAAGAGACCUCUCCUGGGCGUGUGCAAGAGCACUGGGUCGUCGGGGAGCAGUCCUCCCUACUGCUGCACAGACCUGUACUCCCUGCGGACAGGGGAGAUGGUCAAGUCCAUACAGUUCAAGACACCCAUCUACGACCUGCAGUGCAACAAACGGAUCCUUGUCGUUGUCCUGCAAGAGAAGAUUGCUGCGUUUGAUAGUUGUACAUUCACCAAGAAGUUCUUUGUCACAAGCUGCUACCCUUGCCCUGGACCUAACCCAAACCCUGUUGCCCUGGGAAGUCGCUGGCUGGCCUAUGCGGAGAACAAGUUGAUACAGUGUCACCAGUCCCGUGGUGGAGCCUGCGGAGACAACGCCCAGUCCUACACUGCCACUGUUAUCAGUGCUGCAAAAACACUGAAGUCUGGCCUGACGAUGGUGGGGAAGGUUGUGACUCAGCUGACAGGGACCCUACCUACUGGUGCCCCUGAAGAGGACGCAGCCACACCCAGCACUGCACGCCGAAGUCCUCACAUCCCCGGGAUUGUCACCAUCAUUGACACGCACUCUGUGGGGGAGGGGCAGGUGCUGGUCAGCGAGGACUCUGAUGGAGAAGGUGUGGUUGCUCACUUCCCAGCCCAUGAUAAACCCAUAUCCUGUAUGGCGUUCAAUCCAAGCGGAAUGCUGCUGGUGACUGCGGACACCCUGGGUCACGACUUCCACGUCUUUCAGAUUCUUACUCAUCCAUGGGCGUCUUCCCAGAGUGCUGUUCACCACCUGUACACGCUGCACCGUGGUGAGACUGAGGCCAAGGUGCAGGACAUGUGCUUCAGCCAUGACUGCCGCUGGGUGGUGAUCAGCACUCUGCGCGGCACCUCGCAUGUCUUCCCCAUCAAUCCAUACGGUGGGCAGCCCUGUGCCCGCACCCAUGUGUCGCCGCGCGUUGUCAACCGCGUCAGCCGCUUCCAGAAGAGCGCAGGCUUGGAGGAGAUCGAGCAGGAGCUGAGCAGCAAGCAGGGCGGCCGCUGCAGCCCUGUGCCUGGACUCUCCAGCAGUCCAUCAGGUUCUCCACUACAUGCCAAACUGAACACCCAAGAGUCCUACAAUAACGCUGUCAACAACAACAUGGGAAACCCGCGCCUGUCUCCUCUGCCCAGCCUCACGGUAGUGCUUCCUCUGGCUCAGAUCAAGCAGCCCAUGACCCUUGGCACCAUCACCAAGCGCACUGGACCCUACCUCUUUGGGGCAGGAUGUUUUUCCAUUAAAACUCCAUGCAAAGCGAAGCCAACACCGCAGAUUUCCCCCAGCAAGUCAUCCGGGGGGGACUUCUGUGUGGCAGCUAUCUUUGCCUCCUCACGCUCCUGGUUCAUCACGAACCCCAACAUGAAGAGGGAGAAAGACCAGUCCCGGCAGACGGUGGUGGAUUCCCUCUACAUCCUCAGCUGUUCCGGUAACCUGGUAGAGCAUGUGCUGGAGCCUCGGCCUAUCAGCACAGCACAGAAGAUCAGCGACGAUACACCCCUGGAGCUCAGCACCUGUCCUCGGGCCUGCUGGACCCUGGCCAGGACACCACAGUGGAACGAAUUGCAACCACCGUUCAACAACAACCACCCCUUGGUGCUGGCAUCCGACCUUGUGCAGUAUUACCAGUACCUCUUGUCUGGCCUGGCGCCUCCUGGAAGCCCCGGGCCUAUGACACGCCAUGAAUCCUACGACAGCCUGGCAUCUGAUCACAGCGGGCAGGAGGACGAGGAGUGGCUUUCCCAGGUGGAGAUAGUGACCCACACUGGGCCCCACCGACGCCUCUGGAUGGGCCCUCAGUUCCAGUUCAAGACCAUCCACCCGUCAGGCCAGACCACUGUCAUCUCCUCGAGCUCCUCAGUACUGCAGUCCCAGGGCCCCUCCGACUCCCAACAGCCUCUGCUCGACUUUGACACCGAUGACCUGGAUCUACACAGUCUCAGGAUUCAACCAGUGCGUUCAGAACCCGUGAGCAUGCCAGGCUCCUCACGCCUCCCUGCAGAUCGCCGGGGCCAGUCCACCGUCAUCGAUGCUGGUUCUGGGACAUUUGACCGCAGCGUGACCCUGCUGGAGGUGUGCGGCAGCUGGCCCGAGAGCUUCGGCCUGCGCCACCUGUCCUGCGUGGACGCCACGGAGGAAGGCCUGCGGGAGCGGCUGGCGGACGCCAUGUCGGAGUCGCCCAGCAGGGAUGUCGUGGGUUCCGGAACAGAGCUCCAGCGCGAGGGCAGCAUCGAGACGCUCAGCAACUCGUCGGGCUCCACCAGCGGCAGCAUUCCUCGUAACUUCGAGGGCUACCGGUCCCCGCUUCCCACCAACGAGAGCCAGCCGCUGAGCCUCUUCCCCACGGGAUUCCCUUAAACGCGGCGGCUCGCGAGGGCGCCGCAGCAUGACUCACGGAAAGUUCCCGUUUCCAGACAAUCCUGACAUUUCAGCGCAAACCGCCAACACCCCCGUGGGUGGAACACCUCUCGCUCCCACGCGCCUCCUCCCACCUCCUCUCGCCAAACUCGUACCAGGAUCCCGUAAGGUCAAACGGUCGGUGACGGGCCUUCGCGAUGUCUCACGCGUCGCAAAGCUCCGCUCGCAUCCAAUCCGGAGCAUUUGUUAGCCGUUAGUUAUUUUUUCUUUCGCGUGCAACGGUUCCAGCGAAUGUAUUAGCGGGGUUUUAUUUGGUGUUUGCAGCAUUUCACUUAUUUCCUGAUGUUUCCGUGCACAGCGAGCACCAGCUGGCGAGGGCGCCUUUGGGUUCGUUAGCGCAGGCACCGGGGAAGGUCGCCAACCGUUCCGGCCCCUUCCGAUCCGUCCGCUUCGCCUGCUUCGCCUGCUUCUGCGUGAUCUGCACCACCCGCUGGGGAGAACCCCGCUCAUUUCCAUCUGUAUGUGCGCGUGACCCCAGCGAGCUGCGCGUUCCCAGUUAUGAAGAAAUCCUCAUAAUUAGAAGUAGCGUUGAGCACUUAGUACAUCGUCGCUGCAGGAAGUGAUCCGUCUCCCGGUUGCACUACUGCUGCAUUUGAGCUGAGAAACAAAACAAUAUUUCCUGCCCGUAUGGAGCAGCGACAUUUUUCAGUAGCUUUACAUUAGUUCAAAUACAGCAGGCCAUAUUAUAUUCAUUGCUCCUCAGAAAAAUUAGUUUUCAAUAGGUAAUAAAGAUUUUGACACACGGUGUUGACUAUGUAUUAGGAUGUUCUAUGUAGCGCUCUAGUGUAGCUGAUGCACUCGUUCGGUCAGCAUGUAUAUGGGCAUCUCCUUUGAGCUUAAUUCCAAGUCAUCUCUCUUUUUUCUUUGUCUCUUUUAUGCAUUUGAAGAUGUUUUAUUGCAUCUCAUGGGUUGCGGGUCGAUUGCUUUCAAUAGGAAGUCAAGGGACGUUGAGGGUGAGGACUUCCUGCUGAAGCAGACCGCUGUUUUCCGCUCAUUUCCAACGCAAGCGAUCGGCUGCACGGAUGUUGCGCUCGUCCUCGGGGUGCCGAACAGGACCGCCGCGCUCCGGUCUGCCCCUUCGGCGAAACAGCAAGCUUGAGUUUUUAACAGCAUGUCGAGAAAUGCAAGCAACUGAGCCUACCGUGGAGAGAGGUGGGGUCUAAGGGUGGGCGUGGCCUAGGAGUGGGCCUGCUCAGUGCGACACACACACACACACACACACACACACACACACAGAUCCCACCCCCCCCCACAGACACGCCAGUUUAUCAGCCUCCUCCACAGCGUUGAAAAGAAACAAUAAAAAAAUUGUCAUAAUUCAGCUCCUACAACUGAACUGCACUGUAAUUUACUGUAUUCUCGUAACAUCAGAAAUGAUCGCCUUUAAUGAUGUGAUGAUUUUAAGAGGGGGGCGGGGCACACCGAAAACGGCGUUGAACGACACCUCAGCAGGACGGACCGUUUUUGCACACUGACAGUUAGAUGGAGUCGAACGUGUGGAGAGGGUCGCUGUGGGCCGUUGACAGCGUCCUCCUGCUCCACUGGACCGUACGGUUCAUUUUGUACGAUACCAAGUGAGGAAUUCAUCGUUUGCAAUAAAUCCUUCCGAUUAAAGUGCAAAGGCUUUGAAAUGCUGCACGUUGUCUGAUUUCUUGGGCGGGGAGAGUGCGCUGCGCUCACAGUUAACGUUACCUGGUGUGAAGCACGACUUCCUCACUUUGCCUUCACUUCAUUUGCUCGUGUGACGCUUCGGCGAGGAAGCGUCCCGUGUGUUUCUGCAGGGCGAUGCCGAGCGCCUUCCGUGACCUCCUCGGACGCGUACGACCGCGUGUUCCCCUCCGGGAUGUGAACCCCUACCGUUCUGGUCGAAGCUCCGCUCCAACCCCCGCACCAUGUGUUACUCACCCCUGUCUCUCUUACCUUGUGACUGAAUCUGAAAAGAAAUUUAAGAUACCAUCUGAGACAAUUUGCCAGUUUAAUAUUUUCUAUGAAGCACCACAUUACCAAAAGUGUGUGGAACUGGGCAGUUUUACCAAGUGGGCGAUUCGGGCGAUUGAUCGGCUGAAGGUGCCGUUGAGCAUCUGGUGAACAUUCAGGGAGGGAGAGCACUUUUUAAAACAAAGUUAAUCUGUCUUUCCUCUUUAAUUCAAAUGUUUUCGAAAUGGUCAAUUGGACCCUAUUUUGUAAGCUGCUCCCAUCAGCUGAGGCCAAAAUUCCUUUCUGCCUCCAGAAUCAUUCAAACCCAUUCUUGUCUCUGUGUGUGUGUGUGUGUGUGUGUGUGUGUGUGUUUAUAUACACCUGCAAAAGAGAUGAAGCACAUUUUAACAUUUAUUCUUUCAUCUGACACUUUUCUCCAAAGCAACAUAAAU